AUGUCUCACCUUUUCUGGUUUAGGGCGGACGAGGAACCUGUAGAUCCAAAGAAGUAUCUUGAGGAAGCUUGCAAGCCUAAGUGUGUGAGGCCAUUGCUUGAAUAUCAGGCAUGUGUGAAGAGAAUUCAAGGCGAUGAGAGUGGCCACAAACAUUGUACAGGACAGUACUUUGAUUACUGGUCCUGUGUUGAUAAAUGUCAAACUGAGAUCAGGAGAGGCAUUAUUUUCAAAAUCGAACAACGAACAAUCACGCCGCCGAUCUCUGUUAUCUCUCUCCCUCCCCCACUAACAGUAACCAAGAGGGCGGACGAAGAACUCGUUGAUCAAAAGAAGUAUCUUGAGGACUCUUGCAAGCCUAAGUGUGUGAAGCCUCUACUUGAAUAUGAGGCAUGUGUUAAGAGAGUUGAAGGAGAUGAAAGCGGCCAAAAACAUUGUACAGGGCAGUACUUUGACUACUGGUUCUGUAUUGAUAAAUGCGUUGCACCAAAGCUACUCUCUAAACUGAAGUGAUAUGGAAUGCUGUCAGGACACCACUUUCAUUUCCUAUCCGUAUGUUUUGCUUUGCUAUCCUAGCUGACAUUUCUCAAAUGUCAUUUGGCUGAUUCGUGCCAACCCGUCCUCAUUUUGAUGAGGAAAACCUUUUGAAUUGGAAUAACAGAGUAUGUUUUUAGAUGGACUAGGAUGACUGCAUAAAAAUGUUAAUAAAAGGAGCGAUUCUGCCCUUCAGUAACUACGGGCAAUCAUGUUUGGAACAAUAAUGUUUUAUUCUUGUCAGCUAGGAUGGGUUUCAAAGCAGCAAUUCUUGCUUCAUUGAUGUUUGCCCUCGUAUUAUUUUCACUUGAAAGUACCUUCCAACAAAUUCCAAAAGCCAGUUAUUAUUA